UGUGAUGUUUACGUGAAAACGUGCGUUUGCAGUGCGACCACGUCCUCGCGAUUUAUCCGGAUGCGGAUGCAGUGCAGCCAGUUGUGAGAUCCCCCCCAAAAAUUCCCGAGAUGAAGUUCGCCGAGCACCUGACGGCCCACAUAACGCCCGAGUGGCGAAAGCAGUACAUUAACUAUGAGGAGAUGAAAGCCAUGCUGUAUGCAGCCAUCGAGCAAUCGCCCUCCGCAGAGCUCGUGGAGCGCGAGAUGGUGACGCGAUACUUUGCCAAAUUCGAUGAGGAGUUCUUCCACUACUGCGACAAGGAGCUGGCCAAGAUCAACACAUUCUACUCGGAGAAGAUGGCCGAGGCGACACGCAAGUAUGGCAGUCUGCGCAGCGAGUUGACCGAAGCCCUGGAGAUGGGACACCCCAAGAAGCUGCCCGCCUGGAAGAGGCGAACGCCGCUGGGCAAGAAGAAUGUGCCGGCGCGCAAGAUACAGGAUCUCAAGUUGGCAUUUAGUGAAUUUUAUCUGGGGCUGAUACUGCUCCAGAACUAUCAGAACCUCAACUUCACGGGAUUCCGUAAGAUACUUAAGAAGCACGACAAGCUGCUGAGCGUCGACUAUGGUGCACGUUGGCGCACGGAUCACGUGGAGGCUGCUCACUUUUACACCAACAAGGACAUUGAUCGACUCAUCCAGGAGACGGAGCAGGCUGUUACGCAGGACAUCGAGGGCGGAGAUCGUCAGAGGGCAAUGAAGCGGUUGAGAGUGCCUCCACUGGGCGAGCAACAGAGUCCUUGGACCACCUUCAAGGUGGGUCUCUUCUCCGGCGCCUUUGUUGUGCUCUUCAUUACGGUUGUGAUUGCUGCCAUGUUCUACGGCUUCGGUGAGAAUUGGCGAGCCGGAAUGAGAAUGUUCCGUGCUCCGUUCCUCAUCAUCGAAUGCCUCUUCCUGUGGGGCGUCAAUGUCUACGGCUGGCGGUCGUCCGGUGUGAACCACGUGCUCAUCUUCGAGUUGGACCCGCGAAACCACCUGUCCGAGCAGAACAUCAUGGAGGUGGCAUCCGUGUUUGGAGUUAUCUGGGCCUGCAGCGUGCUGAGCUACAUCUUCUGCGAUCCACUCGGGAUCCCACAGUAUGCGGCUCCACUCUGUCUCUACACAUUGAUGGCUGCCUUUUUGCUGAAUCCCACGAAGACGUUCCAUCAUGAGGCGCGGUUUUGGGCCAUAAGGAUCCUCAUUCGCGUCAUCAUGGCUCCGUUUUGCUUUGUGAACUUUGCGGACUUCUGGCUGGCCGACCAGCUAAACAGUAUGGUGCCAGCUUUUCUGGACAUACCCUUUCUGAUUUGCUUCUUUGGCCGCAGUCCCACGUGGCACAAGGCUGGCAAGGCUGCCAGCCACUGUGUGGAGUACGUGUCCCUGCUGCAUCCCAUUGUUGCCAUUCUGCCCGCCUACUUCCGGUUCGCCCAGUGCAUCCGCCGAUACCGCGACACAAAGGAGUCAUCUCCGCAUCUGGUCAACGCCGCGAAGUACGCCACGUCCUUCUUUGUGGUCAUAUUUGCCCACAAAUAUCACACGACCACGGGUAAGUGGAUUCAUUAUACGGGGCGUGAGUUCAUUAGGGCACACUUACGUCAUCGUAAUUGCAAACAUAUGAGUAUAUCGAAGUACAUAUAUCUGUAUAAAUUAUGCGUGCUAUUUACGGUCCAGUGCCAAUUAGUGCCGAAAUUUCAUGUAGAUUGUAUUUUGGCUGUGGCGCACGUGCAUACCUGUUCGACUUACCCUCCCUACCCCAUUGUCUUCUCAUCUGCAGACACCUAUCCGCUGUCCAAGGAGAAUCCCUGGUUCUACUGCUGGAUUACGGCGGCCAUCUUCUCGUCCUGCUACGCCUACACAUGGGACAUCAAAAUGGACUGGGGACUGUUCGACUCGAAGGCGGGCGACAAUAGAUUCUUGCGUGAGGAAAUCGUUUAUUCAUCGACGUGGUUCUAUUACUUUGGCAUAAUUGAGGAUUUAAUACUGCGCUUCAGCUGGACACUGUCCAUGAGUCUAAUUGAGGCUGGCUACAUUGAGGGCGAUGUCAUGAUGACCAUUCUCAGUCCCCUGGAGGUUUUCCGUCGCUUCAUUUGGAAUUACUUUCGGCUGGAGAACGAGCAUCUGAACAACGUGGGCAAGUUCAGGGCUGUGCGGGAUAUAUCGGUGGCUCCAAUGGAUUGCUCGGAUCAGACCACGAUUUUGCGCAUGAUGGACGAAACCGAUGGCGUGUUGAAUCGGAGGCGUGGAAAAGCCGCAGGCGGCAAAUCCGCAACCAAGAAGAACAAACAGGAGCAGCGACUGCUCCUUCAAGGGGAGUCCAUUGAGGAUCUGUGCUCCUAGUUGGGUUACCCAACAAACAUCGCUCUCUCUAUCUCUGUGUGCACAAAUUUUAAGUUUAUGCCAAUAAAACACUUCGGCUGCAUUUGCGGACACUGAUGUAGCAUAUCACUGUUAUUAUUAUUCGGACCAGCUGAUGGACAUACGAGGUAAUACCGCACGCGUUGCUUCCGGCCUUGCUCAGAUUCGGGACGAUGGGUGGGUUUUUCUAAGUGUAUCACUCGCAGUGCUGGCGUCGUAUGCAAAAAGAAUUAUUAAAUUUCGCGUGCUUCGGGAAUUAUAGGAAAAGGGCACUCAGAUCCGAAAAGAACCAAAAAAAAACAAAAGGAAACAUUGGGGCGAUAGACAGAAAAGAAUUUAUGAAACAAGGCGACUUGAAAAAUUGUUGCUAUGGCUGU